GCCACACACAUCAUUGAGAAUCAUACACACGCUGUGGCAUUUACUCAGAGUUUAGAGUCAGCAGCGCCCUGCUCCUGUAGUCUGAUAAGAUUUAUGAUCACGUUUAUGUUGAAACUGAGUUUGAGGGAAUAAUUUCCACACUCUCAACAACUGUGUGAACAUCAGCGUGUGUCAGCAGUGACUAGAAGCUGCUACAGCAAACCAUGCUGCUGUCUCCAACUUUGCUAACCCUGAGAAUAUGCAAUGCUUAACGGUGACCAUUCUACGAGGAAAGGACGGUUUCGGCUUCACCAUCUGCUCUGACUCGCCUGUUCGCAUACAAGCAGUCGAUCCAGGUGGUCCAGCGGAUCAGGCCGGUUUGCAGCAGUCCGACACUUUGCUGCAGUUAAAUGGUCAACCCGUCAAACAUUGGAAGUGUGUAGAUCUUGCACAUGCUAUUAGAAAUAGUCUUAGUGAGAUCACAGUGGUAGUCUGGCGUACAGGACCUUCUGUCAAGACCAAUUUCGAGGGGUUGAUCCAUCACCCUUCUUACAAGUCUUCUAACUAUGACACUCCAGUUUCCCCAGCGAAAGCAAAGAGGGCCGACAAAACACCACCGCUUCCGCCUCUGCCCGCACAUCACCACACCAGCCGUAGAACUGUAGUCAACGGCUCAGAGGGAGUGGGAGGAGGAGGGAGUGCAGCGGGAAUCCUGUGGGGAGAACGGAGGACUGCGGUAGAUGGCAAGACAAGCACUCAGACACUUAGAGGGACACGCGUGAAAGCAUCGAACGGAGACAAUUAUAUCAUCCUGUCACCUAUUAACCCUGGAAGCCAGGUAUUGGGCUCUAUCUAUGGAGACAAGCACAGAACGUUAAGUGGCCAGAUGUUCCCCACACCUCAGGCGUCUGUUCCACCCCCUCCGACUGCUAAUGCCCAGUCAGCGCCUGGCCUGGCAAGCAGAACAUGUUUUCUGCGUCGCUCUGCCAACAGCAAAUCCAAAACACAGCUCAGCGGAAACUACCAGCAGAACUUUGCCAACUACCAGAACUGCACCAUUGUGAGGUCACAUAUGCCUCAUGCCAACUAUGGUACCUAUGUGAAAGUGACACCCAAAAUCCUUAUCUUCCCCAUCUUUGUGCAGCCUGUAGAUCUGUGUAACCCAAACAGAACACUGAUGAUCUCUGAAGAAAUGAUUUUAUAUGAGAGCAAGCAUUUUUCCAUCAAGGUAACGAUCUUCAUAUACUCAGAUCUGAUGUUGGUGACCAGAGAAGAUGAACUGGGACGAUGUAAUGUCCUGCAAAACCCACUGUACCUCAGACAGCUGCAGCUGCGGGACGAUCAUAGUGAAGAUCUGCGAUUUUACUUGAUCCACAUGACUGAGCAGAAAUGUGAUUGUCUUCUGAGCCUGGAAGCAGAUUCCCUGGAGCAAAAAUCAAGAGUGUGUCAGUGUUUGAGCGAGAACAUCAAAAAACAGCUACAUCUGCACGCGAGACAGACUUUCUGCCCACCUCAGCAGCAGACGUUAUUCUCCACUCGGCAGAUGAAGAGUAUGAAGAAGAUGAAGAUGAUGAGUGAGGAGGAUGCCCAGCAGAGAUGCCCAAAAUCCGGUUCCACACCCCAGAGUACAGUGAGGCUUCUGACUAGAAAAACAAAGAUCAAGAAGGAGGAAGACAGCAAAGUAAAAUCUGUGGUCCCAAGUCCGGGGGUCCUGGAGGGCCUCGACUCUGUGGUAUCAGAGGCUGCUACACAAUCACCAGAUUUCACUGCUGCUGCCAUAAUCAAGAAGGCCAUCUUUUUCCAUUCACCUUUGACUGUUCUGCAUGCAUGUGCUGCUACUGAGUCCACUCAAGAGCCUGUUCCAGUCCAGGAGCCCUUAGAGUUUACCUCCAUAGCCUGCUCCUGUCAGAAAUGA